AGUUUUUCCAAAAAAGUUUUUGUUUAUUAAGAUUUUUUGGAAUAUUGGAAAGCCAAUUCUUUUUCUUUUACUAAGUGAUUAGAUUGAGUUAAAUAUAUUGAAAAUAAUGAGUGCUAUUGGCACAUGUUUAAAAGAUUAAUUUUUAAAUUAGUUAUCAAAACUGUUUUUAGAAAUAAUGUUUUCUUCAAAAAAUAAAUGUAUGGCAACACUGCAAACAACUUAAAUGGAUGAUCAAAGUGAGAAUUCCUUGGACAGGCAAAUCGACGAUAAUGAUGGAAGCAAGCCUGAAAAAAUGUUUACCUUAAAAAAGUGGAAUGCAGUUGCUAUGUGGAGUUGGGAUGUUGAAUGUGACAUUUGUGCAAUUUGCCGUGUACAAGUUAUGGAUGCUUGCCUUCGUUGUCAGGCGGAAAACAAACGUGAUGUUUUAGGCCGCCAGGAUUGCGUUGUGGUAUGGGGUGAAUGCAAUCACUCGUUCCAUCAUUGCUGCAUGUCGCUCUGGGUAAAACAAAAUAAUCGUUGUCCCCUGUGCCAACAAGAAUGGUCUAUACAAAGAAUGGGCAAAUAAUACUCAUCAUAUUGCUUCAUUACAUGUUUAAUAUAAUCAUUAUAAAAUAAACAGAAAUAUAUAGAUCUUGCCUGCUCCACUGUAACAAUAAAA